GGAGGAGGAAAGAAGAAAAGAAAAACAGCGGUUAUUAUUAUGAGAAUUGACUUUUGAUAGCGCUCGUCUCUGCGCCUACUGAACACGGUAACCGUGAGGAAGGAGCGGUAUAACUCACCCUAUCGUGUGCGGAUGUGGCCGGCCUCGGCCCACCAGACCCUGGCGAUCGAAGUCAUGACGUCGCAAGGUAACGGCCUCGGCGGUAAGGGUUGUACACCGACCAAGUUUUUCAAUGCCCGCUUGAAUCAAAAAUAUAUAAAGUCGUCCGCAUAUUCUCAGCGCGCGAAAAUAGUAAGGUCCAUUGGCAAUGACUGGUUUGCAAGAUGGCGGAUCUCAAGCCCGAAUCCGAGUUGCACCGACCUUCCGGCGCACAGCGAUCCGACGGUGGUUCAUCCCAUGAACGAUCGACCUCCACCCACGAGACCGACAACCCUAGGACGACGACCACCAACACCACACUCCCGGACGAUGGCGACCUCAUCACUUCCGACACCGAAGACGACGACGACGACGACGACGAGGACGAGGAAGACUAUGACGGCUACCGCCCCACACGUCUCGACAUCCGGCGCUCGCGCUCCCGCACCGGCAGCAGUACUACGACAGCCACCACGGCCACGGGGCCCCGCCAACGCCCAGGGACGGCCGGUAGCGGAGGCGGCCUGCGGCGCACCACGACCCUCCUCUCGCGCAUCCGCUCCCGCCCGCAAACGGGCCUCCCGCAGUUCACGCACCCGCUCUCCCACGUCCCGACGGGGCCCGACUUCCUCGUGGACUUCGACGGGCUCGCGGAUCCGUACAAGCCGAUGAACUGGCCGCUGAAGAAGAAAAUCGUCACCACCCUGCUGUACGGCACGGUCACCAUGACGGCGACGUGGGCGUCGUCGUGCUACAGCGCGGGCACGGCGCAGAUCGCGCGCGAGUUCCACGUCGGCUCGCAGGUGGCCGUGCUGGGCACCUCGCUGUUCCUGGUCGGCUUCGGCGUCGGCCCGCUGCUGUGGGCGCCGCUGAGCGAGGUGUACGGGCGGCGGCUGGCCGUGCUGCCGCCCAUGUUCGUGGCCGGGUGCUUCAGCUUCGCGAGCGCGACGGCCAAGGACUUCCAGACGCUCAUGCUGACGCGAUUCUGGGGCGCCUUCUUCGCCAGUGCGCCCGUCACGAACACCGGCGGCGUGCUGGGGGAUUUGUUCGGCCCGGCCCAGAGGGGCAUUGCGAUGGCCGGCUAUGCCAUGGCUGUUGUGGCGGGGCCGGCGUUAGGUCCGAUUGUCUCUGCUGCUCUGGUCAUCCAGCCGGACCUUGGCUGGCGCUGGACGGAGUACCUUGCGGGCAUUCUUCAGAUGUUUAUCCUCCUCCUGGCAGUGGUCUUCAUCGACGAGUCCUACCCCCCGAAACUGCUCGUCUACAAGGCCCGCCGGCUACGCGUCGAGAGCGGAAACUGGGCGCUCCAUGCCAAGUUCGAGGAAUGGGAUGUCAGCAUUGUCGAGCUGGCCCGCAAGUUCCUGGUGCGUCCCGUCCAGCUGCUCUGCACCCCGAUCUGCUUCCUUGUGGCGCUCUAUGCGAGCUUCUGCUACGGGAUCCUGUACAUGCAGCUCGGCUCGAUCCCCAUCAUCUUCAGCGAGAUCCGGGGCUGGUCGCAGCUUGUGGCAACGCUGCCCUUCUUGUGCAUCUUCAUCGGCGCCGUCCUGGGAUGCGGCUUGAACGUGUAUAACCAGCUACUCUACAACAAGGCGUACCAUGCUGCGGGGAACCGAGCUGUGCCGGAGCGACGAUUGCCGCCCAUGAUGCUCGGCGCUGUUCUCUUUGCAGGCGGACAGUUCCUGACAGGCUGGACGGCGAAUCCGCAGAUCCACUGGAUUGUCCCAUGCAUUGGGCUCGUCAUGCUAGGCACUGGUUUCUUCACCAUCUUCCAGGCGGCGCUCAAUUACCUGGUUGACACCUUCACCAAGUAUGCCGCCUCGGCCGUCGCCGCCAACACUUUCCUGAGGUCGUGCUUUGCGUGCGCCUUCCCACUGGUCGUGGGCCCUUUGUACCACAAUCUCGGUGUUGGGCCCGGGUCGUCCAUUCCAGCAGGAUUUGCUACGCUGUUGAUACCCGUGCCCUUUGUGUUCUUUACGUACGGGAAGAGGAUCAGGGCUGGUUCCAAGUGGUCGCGGCCCUCUGUUCACUACGGCGCGAAUGAGAAGCGGGAAGUUUGAUACAUGAUAGAAUAGAUACCCCUUAGUAUAUAAUGCUAUUUGAUCCCUUCAAUAUUUUUGACGGAGCAUGG